GCAAUUGCAGCAGACGAUAGUGAGCUGAAACGGGCGGAAAGCGGUCGAUCGUCCAAUUACCACGGUAGUUUCAUACAGCCCCUACUAACCUCCUCAAUGGUUUUACCGCGUACAAUCACGAAUCCCCAAAACAUCUGAGCGUCGUCGAACCAUUGGGAGCAAUUGGGAGCGCUCAGCAGUGCCAAGCCAAGCCAAGCCGGUUGCUAUGAGUUGUUAUCGCAUCUGUAGAUUACUGGGUGAUCGGUCAGAAAGACUCAAUUAACUGACUGAAUUUUUUAUGAAGAAUCAUGGUCGAAUAUUUUCGUUUGGACGUGUGGAAAGGAGACUGGGGCCUGCCCUCGGUCGAUUCUCCUUCUUUGCAGAUUCUGGCCUAUGCCAAGUUCAGUGGAGUGCCAUUAGAUGUACAUGCGACGAAUAAUCCUUUUAGAACACCGAACGGGCAGCUGCCUGUAUUAAGAAGUGGCCUCAACACUUUGGACUCAAUAAACGAUAUAAUAGCAUUAUUUAAACAGAAAAAUUACAAUGCAGAUAUCUCCCUGACACCUAGGCAGUGCGCUGAAAUAGUGGCGUACGAUACUAUGAUCAGAGAAAAGAUUUACCCAGCAUUACAAUAUAUAUGGUGGAUCGAUCAAAGGAACGUGAAUGAUCUAAUAAGGCCUUGGUACGCGAAAGCAGUGCCCUUUCCGUUAAAUUUUUAUUAUCAUGGAAAGUACGAGGCACAGGCCAAAAGUAUGAUGGAGUCGCUAUAUCCUACCGAAGAUAACAAUGCCGUCAUCGAAAAUGGGGUCUACUCGGAAGCGCAAAAGUGCUUGACGCUGUUAUCGACCAGAUUAGGAGAGUCAGAGUUCUUCUGCGGCUCUCAGCCCACUUCCUUCGAUGCCAUCGUUUAUUCGUACCUCGCGCCGUUACUGAAAGCUCCUUUGCCAAAUCCUGCAUUGCAGAAUCAUUUGAAGGCAUGCACAAAUUUAGCGAAAUUCGUCUCUCGUAUAUCACAAAGGUACUUCGGGGACAUUCACUUGGAGUAUGAAAAGGAAAAGGCUGAAGAGAAUGCACGUAAAACACGAAGGGAUUCCGAGAGCGAGUUUCCUAAUAAGAGAAGAAAUCAAUUUUUUGCCGGUGUGGUAGCCGUUCUGGCAAUGUUAGGAUAUGCCCUCUCUUCGGGAGUGGUUAAGAUUCCGCAUACGAUGAAAUCGUGGAUACAAUUUUUGUCAUUCUCACAUACGAUCACACCAAAUCCAACAGUCUUGUGGUCCUAUGACAGAUUUGUUUCGAAUAAGCAUCGAUGGACGCUUGGUGACGAUAAAGGAUGACGAGAUGUUGGAGGCCGCAUCGGAAUACAUUCUCGACGACCAGGACACUGCAGACUAGCCAUUUCGCAUAAUAAAUAGCACAUUUUUUUUAGCAACAUCAAAUA